AUGGCAAGUAAUUUACCAGAAUCAGAUCUUUAUAUAGAUUACAAGGCAUUUUUAUCGAAUAAUUUUGAUCCUAAAGAGUAUGCAAAUUCUACUGUAAACUCCACCUCCGACGGUGAAGGUGAUAUAACAAUAUCACUUGCAAAAUUGUCGUUUAGUAUUGAUAAUUUAAAUAAACAAUUACAUGAUCAG